AUGGUCAAACCCAUGGUACAGAACAUCCGCAUGGGCCGCGUGCUCAUUGAUAGCGGAAGCUCGAUCAACCUCCUCUUCGCUGACACACUAGACGCCUUGCAAAUUCUGAGAAGCUCGUUGAGGCCGUCUCCACCUUUCUUCGGGAUUGCUUUGGGCUCCUCGGCCAAGCCACUGGGACAAAUCAAGUUGCCCGUCACCAUCGGCUCACCGAACAACUUCAGAACCAGAAGGGUCCUUUUCGAUGUGGCUGACUUCGGGACAGCGUAUAACGCAAUCCUAGGCCGACCAGUGAUGGCCCAGUUUAUGGCCAUUGCCCACUAUGCAUACCAGGCGAUCAAAAUCCCUGGGAAAACAGGGGCCAUCACCGUUGCUGGCAACUCCAAGACAGCCCUGCACUGUGACAAGAGGAGCCUCGACAUGGUUGAACUAACUCCCGGGUCAAAGCCUGUGACCACGGAAUCUAGCGGACGACUGAAAAAAGUCCAUAUCGUCAUCACCCCCGACGAUCGGCUCAAGGUAGUGAGCCUGGAUGACACCAACCCGAUCAGGUCAGUCCAGAUAUGGGAUGCCUUGGACCCCAAAUAG